AUGGCCGGCACAAUUGAAAAGAUCAAGGCGAAGGUCGAGAAUGUUCUUCACAAGGACAAGGACACCACACACACAGAUGCCACCCACACCACUGGCACUCACACCGGUACCACUGGCACCCACACCACAGGCUCUGGUCUGACCGGCUCAACACACAACGACCCCACUGGUCCUCACAGCUCGCACACUGCCAACCAGGCUGAUCCUCGUGUUGACUCUGACCACCUCGGCACAGCAGGCAACACUGCCGGCGCUGGCGGCGUCGGCGCUGGUCAGUAUGGUACCACAGGUACUCACGGCACCACUGGCUCCGGCCUGACAGGUACCCACGGCACCACUGGCUCCGGCCUGACAGGUACUCACGGUACCACCGGCUCCGGCUUGACAGGUACUCACGGUACCACCGGCUCUGGCUUGACAGGUACUCACGGUACCACCGGCUCUGGCUUGACAGGUACUCACGGUACCACCGGCUCUGGCCUCACCGGCUCGCACACCACUCACGGCAGCGACCCCACUGGUCCUCACGACUCCCGCCUUGCUAAUAAGGCUGAUCCCCGUGUCGACUCCGACCGUGUUGGUGCUGCUGGCAACUCUAGCGGUAUUGGUGGACUCGGAAACGAGACUCACACUUCAGGUCAGCAAACCUACCGCACUGACGGCACUAAGCUGCCAGAACCACUCCUUGAGCGAGAGUCAAGGGCUGAACAUCAUUCAGGUGCCGGCUUGUCUCACAGCAGCCACGGUCACGGAACCACUGGCAGCGGUCUUACUGGCAGCAACACUCACAGCGACCCUACCGGUCCUCACGACUCCAAGCUCGCCAACAAGCUUGACCCUCGUGUCGACUCUGACCGCUACGGCGCUGCUGGCAACACUUCCGGUGCAGGCGGUGUUGGUGCUGGACAGUACGGCAGCUCUGGUACUCACACCGGCUCUGGCCUGACUGGCAGCCACGGUACCCACGGUACGACCGGCUCCGGCUUGACUGGUGGUGCUCCUCACACUGGCGCUCACACCGGCUCGCACAUCGGUUCCGACCCCAGCGGCCCCCACAACACCCACCUCGCCAACCAGGCCGAUCCUCGCGUCGACUCUGACCGCUACGGCGCUGCUGGCAACACCGCUGGCGCUGGCGGUGUCGGUGCUGGGCAGUACGGAAGCACUGGCACCCACACUGGCUCCGGCCUCACUGGUAGCCAUGGCACUCACACCGGCUCUGGUCUCACCGGCAGCCACGGCACCCACGGUACCACUGGCUCUGGUCUGACCGGCUCCAACUACUCUGACCCAUCUGGUCCCCACGACUCCCGCCUCGCUAACCAGGCCGACCCCCGCAUCGACUCUGACCGUUACGGUGGCCAGGGCAACACCUUCGGCACCAACCAGAGCUCUGGCUUGACCGGCACCAACCACCCCGGUCAGGUUGGUAACCCCAAGGCCGAUGGCACUGCUGGUCCCCACGGAUCCAACCUCCUCAACAAGCUAGAUCCCCGCGUCGACUCCAACCUCGAUGGAUCUAAGACCACCGGUGGUGACCGCACCUACGGUUAA